GAGUAACAUGUUUACUCAUGAGUUCAGGCUAUACCAGAGCUGACACUGAGACACUAAGAAAGCCCCCCUGUGACAGCCAGAUCUGCCGCUUGAGCCACGUCCACAGUGUAACAUGUGAAGGAUCUCAGGCAAACCUGCAGUGUGGUGAAGGGCAGGUUUUAGUCAUCCACGGAGCUGAUUAUGGACGCCAUGACAAAACCACGUGCUCUGCUGGACGUCCGGCCUCUCAGCUCCAAGUUGUCCAGUGCUCAAGUCAGACGAGCACUGAUGUUGUAGCUAAAAGCUGUAAUGGGAAAAACAGCUGUACUAUUUCAGCAACCAGCUCUGUGUUUGGAAACCCCUGCUUUGGCACCUACAAGUACCUGGAGGUGGAUUAUACUUGUCAGUCCCAGAGUGUAACAUGUGAAGGGUCUCAGACAAACCUUCAGUGUGAAAAAGGACAGGUUUUAGUCAUCCAUGGAGCUGAUUAUGGACGCCAUGACAAAACCACGUGCUCUGCUGGACGCCCUGCCUCUCAGCUCCAAGUUGUCCAGUGCUCAAGUCAGACAAGCACUGAUGUUGUAGCUAAAAGCUGUAAUGGGAAAAGCAGCUGUACUCUCUCGUCAAGCAACUCUGUGUUUGGAGACCCCUGUGUUGGCACCUACAAGUACCUGGAGGUGGUUUAUACUUGUCAGUGAAAAGAUUAUAUCAUCAACGCAUCGUGUAACAUCUGAAUGUCACAUCCCCUCUGGUGAUGUCACUUCCACCAGAAUGUCAAGCCUCGAUGACAUCACUGCUGGAACAUGUUAAAAAAUAUGAUUUCAUUGGAAAUAAACACAA